CAGGCUUGACGUUGCUUCGCCUUGCUAGGUGAUUGGCGAGGUAAGAUGGCGGCGCCAGAGGAGCCAGAAUUAUCUCAGGCGCAGACCGAAAAACUCCUACAAUUUCAGGACCUCACUGGUUUGGAAUCUAUGGACCAAUGUCGUCGCACAUUAGAACAGCAUAACUGGAACAUUGAGGCUGCUGUACAAGACAGACUCAAUGAGCAGGAAGGAGUGCCCAGUGUGUUCAACCCUCCACCAUCCAGACCACUACAGGUCAACACAGCAGACCACAGAGUAUAUAGUUAUAUUGUCUCCAGGCCGCAACCCAGGGGCUUGCUGGGAUGGAGUUAUUACUUGAUAAUGCUACCUUUCAGAUUUACAUACUACACACUUCUGGACAUAUUCAGGUUUGCCCUGCGCUUCAUCAGGCCGGAUCCGCGUGGUCGUGUUACAGAUCCUGUUGGAGAUGUUGUGUCCUUCAUUCAUAGUUUUGAGGAGAAGUAUGGUCACUCACAUCCUGUUUUUUACCAGGGAACAUAUGGCCAGGCACUAAAUGAUGCCAAACGGGAGCUCCGCUACCUUUUAGUGUACCUUCAUGGAGACGAUCAUCAAGACACUGAUGAGUUCUGCCGCUCCACACUAUGUACAGAAGAAGUGUUAACCUUUCUCAACACCCGAAUGCUGUUCUGGGCAUGCUCAACAAACAAACCUGAGGGCUACAGAGUGUCCCAAGCAUUACGGGAGAACACCUACCCAUUCCUGGCCAUGAUAAUGCUGAAGGACCGCAAGAUGACAGUCGUGGGCAGGCUUGAGGGUCUCCUUCAGCCUGAGGACUUCAUCAAUCAGCUCACCUUCAUCAUGGAAGCCAACCAAACAUAUCUGAUGUCUGAGCGAAUGGAAAGGGAGGAAAGGAGUCAGACUCAAGUGCUAAGACAGCAACAGGAUGAGGCGUACUUGGCCUCCCUCCGUGCCGACCAGGAAAAGGACCGAAAGAAGAGGGAGGAGGAGGAACAGCGGCGGCAAGAAGAGGAGAAGGUCCGGCAGAGUGCUCUGGCAGAGGAGAGGAGGAGACGAACUCUUGAGGAGGAGAAGGAGAGGAAGUCAGAAUGUCUCCCCCCAGAGCCACUUGCAGAUGAUCCAGAGAGUGUCAAAAUAGUUUUCAAGCUGCCCAAUGACACACGUGUGGAAAGACGAUUCCUCUUUGGACAGUCUCUUACGGUAAUAUACGACUUCCUGUUCUCAUUGAAAGAAAGCCCAGAGAAGUUUCAGAUAGUUACCAACUUCCCUCGCCGAGUCUUGCCCUGCAUUCCAACUGAAGAGCAACCCAACCCUCCCACGCUGAAAGAGGCCGGACUCAGCCGCUCCGAGGUCCUUUUUGUUCAGGAUCUUACAGACGAUUAAAAAGACCUCAUGCCGCUUCUAUGUGGGAAUACAUUCUCCAAUGCCCAACCAUGCUCCACACGCCCCUUCCCCCUUGUCCGUUUUUUUUUUUUUGUUACGGCCGCUAUGGGAUCAUGGAGGAAAAGAUGGAAUAAGUAAACCUCCCCUCAACCAGUCAUUGUUCAACCAUGUUUACAGGGUUCCCAAUAGCCUGGAAAGUCUUGAAUUUUAUCUAAAUAAAUAUUUCUUGAAGUUCUUCCUUGAACUCUUUUUAUCCAUGAAGGCCAAUAUGUUUGUCUCCUGUCAGCUGUGUCAUCAGCUGCCUCCUAUUCAGCUCGUCUUUCCCCACGAGUAGCUGCUGCAGCGGCUGACGAUUCCGCCACUACAAGUACUGAAAGUAGCGUAGCCUGUUUGCUAAACAACCAUGACCAAAAUGAGCCAAUUACUACCAUAGCAAGGAUUUCUUUUGUUUGGCUUUGUUUUUGUAUUGUAAUGUUCGCUUGUUUGGUCCCCAUUCAUUUGAACAUGCCUUAAGUUGACAUUUUCCUUCAUUGUCUCAUCAGGCAGAGCCGGCUUUUGACUUUUAAGGAAAUAUGGGAACCCUGUUUUAAAACAAGCCAUGACAUGUACAUAGGUUAGGUGUUCAUACACAUGAAAUAGCCCCAUUUUUUUCCCGCCCAGAUUCAUCUGUGUCAUAUAAUGACCAGAUGCAUGUGACUUGACGUUCAAGUUUCACUAAAGACUCCACAGCUUUUGACAGUCUCUGCAGUCACAAACACGUUUUGCUUGUAAUAUCAAAAUGAACUCUUGUAAAGAUGUCAUUUCCCUACUAUAAAUUAAAAACAAUGUAAACAUGGGA